AUGCUCAGCAGCAAGGCCGCGCUGGGAAUGGACCAGGCUGCGCUGGGGAUGGACCAGGCUGCGCUGGACGGCCAAUUGUUGCCGCUGCUAAGGAGGGUGCAUGGUUUGGGGGUGGUGCACAUGGAUGUGCGGGGGCCGAAUGUCUUGUGGUGCGAGGAGACGCGCAGGGUGAUGCUGGUUGAUUUUGAGCGGUCGAUUUCGUGUGCUGCUGCCGGCGAGCGAGACCGCGACCCCGUCCGAGAGAGGGUCGUGCAGUUCGGCAAGAGGGAGGAUCUGUACGUCGCUGGGCUGAUCAUCGAGCCGCCAUCGCGGGAGGUCUACCCCUACUGUCGGUUCUAG